UUCGUCGAGAGGGGGACCACUGGGCUCCGAACAUGGCCUGCUAGCCUUGCUUUAGCUGAGUAUGUCUUGGCGCACAAAGACACCGUCUCCGGCAAACAUGUCUUGGAGCUUGGCUCUGGCGCUGGCUUCCUGGGUAUCAUCCUGGCCUCCAUCCAAGUUCUCCACAAUAAUAGGAGCUCAAGCCUACAUCUAUCCGACGUGAAUGAAGAAGUGCUGUCGCGCUGCCGAGAAAAUGUAGCUUUGCCCUGUAAUAUUUCGAGCCGGCACGGUAACGUGCACUACCACGCGUUGGAUUGGUCAAAUUCGAGAGACCCUGUUCUGCGGCCCUCUCUCAAAGAGCUUCUCGCAGAUACAGGCGCAGAACUAAUCCUAGGAGCAGACUUGGUGUUUGAUCCCGACCUCACCCCCUCUCUGGUAGAGACUAUCGAUUUGGCCUUGCAAGGCCGUGCUGGCAGUGUCGUGCCGGCUGCAACAGCAAUCAUAGCCUUGACUGUGCGCAGUGAACGGACAUACGAAGCAUUCGAGCGUCUGGCAGGUGAGUUGCGUUCAACCGCAAAGCUUAUGCCCUCCUGA